ACACAAUUGUAUUCCGAACAGGGGAAAUGGUGUUCUUGCCGUUUUCAAUGCCCGAGCAACGGAAACAACGAUGGAGAAGAAAGGUGACUUGCAUUACAACAUUGCAGACGAAUAAUAACUCAUUUGCAUACAACAAACUCUUCUCGUAAGACUGUUCGUCAGAUCUCUCUCUGUUUUCCUUUUAUUUUUUCGUCCAUUCCAUCUCAAAAUCUCUGAUGUCGAAACAUAGGAGCAAAAUUAUGCAGCAUCGGUAGUACGAUUGGCAGAAAACUGCCAUUGCAAGGGUUUUGAUUUAAUUCCGCGUUUUCUUGUGAAAUUAAUCAAUGUUUUUGAGGGUUUAGGAUCGGAUGUCAUUUUUCAAUGUAGGUUUAGGAGUAUGGUAGUUUAAUUCGAUAAUGGUGGUGAGGAUUUUGGGAUUAACUCGGGGAGAUGAUGAGUCACCGAGGGAGAUCACGCGGAACAAUCAAUCAAUCGAUAAUGGCGGGGAGAACGGAUGGUUGAUUCGAUUUUUGGAUUCCGCUUUCUUCUCUGAGUGGAUUGCUGUUAGUUAUCUCUACAAACAUGAUCACUCAGGGGUUAGGGAUUAUCUCUGCAACCGUAUGUACACUCUUCCAUUAUCUGGCCUUGAAAGCUACUUGUUUCAGAUUUGUUACAUGCUUGUUCACAAACCUAGCCCUUCACUUGAUAAAUUUGUCAUUGAUAUAUGCUCAAAAUCACUUAAGAUAGCACUGAAAGUGCAUUGGUUCCUUAUUGCUGAGCUUGAAGAUUCUGAGGAUAAUGAGGGAAUUAGUAGAAUCCAAGAGAAAUGUCAGAUUGCAGCCACUUUGAUGGGUGAAUGGGCACCUUUGGUUAGACUUCAAAAUGAGUCAGCUAUCAAUUUGGGAAAGAAUAAAGUACUAAACAGAUGGCAUUCCUCAAAGCAACGGUUACUGUCAUUAACAUCAUCUCACCAGUUUCGUAAGUCUUUUUCAUUCUCACCUUCUUCAGGGAACAAUUUGCAGGAUGAAGGUAGUAGUAGUAAAGCAUCCCAAGAUGAAAAUAAUAUGUUCAAGAAAUUUAUUCCUAGUCAAAAAGUCCGGGAUGCAUUGUGUUUUAGGAAAUCUGUAUAUAAAGAUAAUGAGGAAUCAGAAAAAGAUGGUUUUUUUACAAGACUUUUAAGAGACUCUAAAGAAGAGGAUGUAGGGACAUCCAUGGAAAGGGAUGAUGAAGACAAGGAGAAAGAUGAGUUUUUCAGUAGGUUUUUAAAAGAUAGUAAAGAUGAGAAUGAGGUGACAUCAAGCUCAGAUAGUUUUUUAAAAAGAAUAUUUAGCAAAGGCGAUUUGGAGUCUGUAGAAGGUGAUGAUGAUAAAGAAGGGUAUUUUAAUAAGUUUAUUAAAGAGAAAUUUGAAGACAAACAGAAAGAUAUUGCUGCUAAUGAUGAUGAGGAAUACAAGGAGAAGCAACCUGGUUCACCAAAGCAAAAGCAUGACAGAUCCAAUCCUAAACCACCAUUGCCAAAUACAAAUCCUUCACAAUUUCGUAAAGGAACAUAUCAUGAGUCACUUGAGUUUGUUCAAUCCUUGUGUGACACAUCAUAUGGUUUAGUAGAUGUUUUUCCAGUUGAAGAACGCAAAAGUGCUCUUUGUGAGUCACUCUCUGAUAUCAAUGAUCAUGUUGUUGCAGCUCAGAGUAGUGGAGGCUUAUGCUUUCCCAUGGGGAAGGGAAUGUAUCGUGUGGUUCACAUUCCAGAAGAUGAAGCUGUUCUUCUUAACUCUAGGGAUAAGGCACCUUAUCUAAUAUGUGUUGAAGUAUUAAAAAGUGAAACCUCAAGCAACACAAAGGACCAAAAACUUUCCAAGGGUGGAACCCCAUUAGCUAACGGAGAUGCAAAUUUACCAAAACGACCUCCGUGGGCUUACCCUUUACCAAAUAGACAAGAUAUGUAUCUUUCUGGUUUUAAUAAGAUUUCAAGAACCACUUCACAAGCUAUUGAUGAAGCAAUGAGUAGCUUGUGGGAUUCAAAUGCAAAGUUUGUGCAGGUGAGUCUUUCAGUGGAGAAUCAAAUAUCCAAGUCAAAGUUUGACCAUGAAUGUGGUCAAACUAGAGAUGAAGAUGGUGAUGAUGUGGAAUGGGUGAGGGUUGAGUUGAAAGCGGACCCUGGGGUCCACAUGGAUGACAUAGUGGUUCAGGAACCGCCACGUAGGCGGGAGCACCGCCGGGUCCCGAGUAUGGUAGCUUUUGAGGAAGUUAAGGCUGCUGCAUUAAGAGGAGGAGCACCUCCUGGACUUUGUGUAAAGAGGUCUAGUCAAGAGUCAUCAGAAGCAGAGUCAAAGGAUGUAUUAUCUGGUGAACUUUGGGAGGCAAAGAAAGAUAGAAUUCGUCAGGCUUCAGUAUAUGGAAAGUUUCCUGGUUGGGAUUUGGUCUCGGUUAUUGUGAAAAGUGGGGAUGAUUGUAGGCAGGAACAUCUGGCUGUGCAACUUAUUUCUCACUUCUAUGAUAUAUUCCAGGAAGCUGGACUACCUCUGUGGCUGAGACCAUAUGAAGUUCUAGUGACUUCUUCUUACACAGCUCUAAUUGAAACGAUUCCAGAUACUGCCUCACUUCAUUCUAUCAAAAGCAGAUAUCCUGAUAUCACAAGCUUACGUGAUUUUUUUAUUGCCAAAUAUCAAGAAAAUUCUCCAAGUUAUAAGCUUUCACAGAGGAACUUUGUGGAAAGUAUGGCUGGAUACUCCCUGGUUUGCUACCUCUUACAGGUGAAAGAUAGGCACAAUGGCAACCUUUUGCUUGAUGAAGAAGGUCAUCUUAUACACAUUGACUUUGGCUUCAUGCUCUCCAAUUCACCCGGGGGUGUAAAUUUUGAAAGUGCACCUUUCAAGUUAACACGUGAACUUCUUGAGGUUAUGGAUUCGGAUGCUGAGGGAGUUUCGAGCGAGUUCUUCGACUAUUUCAAAGUUUUAUGCAUCCAAGGGUUUCUGACAUGCCGAAAACAUGCAGAACAGAUAAUUCUACUUGUUGAGAUGUUGCAGGACUCAGGUUUCCCAUGCUUCAAAGGUGGUCCGAGAACUGUACAAAACUUAAGGAAACGUUUUCAUUUAAGUUUAACAGAAGAACAAUGUGUGUCCUUGGUGCUUUCUCUAAUUAGCAGCAGCUUAGAUGCAUGGAGAACACGUCAAUACGAUUACUAUCAAAGGGUUUUGAAUGGGAUACUCUAAUAUCACUUUCAUUCGGUUCCAUGAAAUGACUAUUUAGCCCCUGGACCAAGCUGUCUUUUCUUUCUGACUUAAUGAUGGGGGGCAUGACUUAAUCCGGUGUACCUCCAUUUUCUCAAAUAUUUUAUUAAAUAUUAUUUACUUUAUCCGGACAACACCCAAUGGGAAACAAAGGAACAUAAUGCAAAGAUUUUUCUAGAUGAAAGGGAAAGGAUGACAAGUUUUUUGGUCCGAUUGGUGGGGGCGCCCAUCGAUGACAUUUACCAUUUUUACCCUUUUAAUGUACAGGGAAAUUUCAUGUGAUUAUAUUAGAAGCAAUAGUUCGAUUGCUUUAUCACCAUUUUUUUUUUGCUACACAACCGCUAAUUAUUGUAUUUGUUGUAGUGUAUAGUAGUAGUAUGAUAAGUGUUUUUUUGAUGUUGUUUAUAUUGGACACUAUGUAUACAAUCGCAAGUGGUUACUAAGGUAUUG